GUACACGUCCAUCCCCCUCGCAGAGGCAGAGAGACUAGAACCUUCCACAACCCAAGUCAGAGACGACAGCGAGUCCGAUAAAUCCCCUAAAUCUCCAAAUUUAGGGCUUCUUUUUGUUUUUCCUGAAUUAGGGUUUCUCUCCUUUCCUCCAAACCCUAACUAACAAAUACAAAACCAUGGCGGAGCACUUAGCUUCAAUCUUCGGUACUGAGAAAGACCGAGUUAAUUGUCCUUUCUACUUCAAGAUUGGCGCAUGCCGUCACGGCGAUCGAUGCUCUCGCCUCCACAACCGCCCCACCAUCUCUCCCACUCUCUUAUUAUCCAACAUGUACCAGCGUCCUGACAUGAUUACUCCUGGCGUCGAUGCUCAAGGUCAGCCACUUGACCCGCACAAGAUCCAGGAGCAUUUUGAAGAAUUUUACGAGGAUAUUUUUGAAGAACUCAACAAAUUUGGCGAGAUCGAGAGCCUCAAUGUUUGUGAUAAUCUCGCUGAUCACAUGAUCGGUAACGUUUAUGUUCUGUUCAAGGAGGAAGACCAAGCUGCAGCCGCUUUGCAAGCUCUUCAAGGACGAUUUUACUCUGGUCGCCCGAUCAUUGCUGAUUUCUCUCCCGUCACUGAUUUUCGUGAAGCUACGUGCAGGCAGUUUGAGGAGAAUAAUUGCAACCGUGGCGGUUAUUGUAAUUUUAUGCACGUGAAGCUGAUUGGGAGGGAUUUGCGUAGAAAGUUGUUUGGAAGAUAUCGUGGAUAUAGGGUUAGUAGGAGUCGGAGUAGGAGUGUGAGUCCUAGGAAGAGGGAGAGAGAUUAUGAUAGGCGUGAGAGGGAUUACAGGGAUAGGGACAGAGAUCGAGACAGAGACCGUGAUUAUCGUGGAAAUGGGAGGAGGAAUGACAAGUAUGACAGAGAGGGAGGAAGAAAAAGACAUGGGAGUCCAGUUAGGGAAGGCAGUGAGGAACGAAGGGCUAGGAUUGAGCAAUGGAAUAGAGAGAGGGAGGAGAAACAGUAAUUUGAAGAGGGAGUGUUGUUUUGGUUGGACUGGGAGUGGAGAUGUAUGCUGGCAUUUUUCUCCUAUUGGUAAUGAUUCUAGGCUCUGAUGUUUGUUUUUCAUGUUUUCCUGAACUUUGAAUAUUUGACUCUAUAUGGUGUCCCUGUCGAGGAUUCGAACUAUUUUAGUUUCUACCUUAGCUAUGUUGGUGAUUAUGUCCGUUAACAGUUAUUAGUUUAGUGCUAAUUCAUCUUGCUGUUAAAUUUGUUUGAUGGAUUAUGUGUUUUUUAUGGUUAUCUAUCAUUUGGUAUUGGGUUUGCUCUGAACUGAAUUGUAAAACUGUGAGCUUAGUUUGCAUAUUAACUUUACUGGCAAUUCCAAAAGUGUUUUUUUCAAAUUUAUCUCAGCAUGUAGUGACCUCUUCUGAUGUAUGAAGUUGGUAUAUUAUGGAUAUACUUGAGUGGUUACUUGGGGCUUGUUAGCAUUAGCUCAAAUUACUUGCUGUAUGUUGUUUAUUAUUAACCAGCUCCUCCAUUUGACAUGCUAAUUGUUUUUAUGCAAAAACAUGCAAUAGGUUUAUUCUAUAACAAAGAUUUUUUUUAUGACAACCCACAUCAUGCUGUAGCGGCUUCGCUGUACCUGUUAUUUAGGCUCCUGAGAACCUGGGUAUGGGGAAUGCAAUUGUUUUAGUGUUUAAAUAAGAAAACCCUGGGAGGUUGCUAGUCAGAUAAAUAAGUUCUAUAUAUUUGAUUGCUACACUGGGCUUGUUAUCAGCUGGUGAAAAUCUGUGGUUGUGAUUUGAGUUAGAGUUAAGCACUUGUCAAUUGGAUGAAAUUUGUAGCUGAUCAAAGGAAGCCUCAUUUGGAAUGCUGUGUAUUUAGAGCAUUGGUGAAUGAAUGUCUAGAAUGCUGUGUAUUUAGAGCAUUGGUGAAUGAAUGUCUAAGUAUGGACUCUGUUGUCCUGCUAAAAUCUUUUCCAUAAUCUGAAGUACAACAAUCAGGAUUUUGUUUUCAUGUAGCGGGAAGGCCAUUGUGGUGGGUUCAAGGAACUGGAAUUAUAUCUGGAUCACUUAGGAAGGUCCCAGGUUUUGGUAUUUUGUUUUUGGUGACGUGGAUUUGAUGCGUGUCAUGUUGAUCAAUGCUGUUAACUUGAGGCUGGCCCAAGAUCCAGAAUAGUCUAGGAUGUUGAAGUCCUGAAGCUCCAAGAACAAGUGGAACUAACCAAACUGUCUUGCUGGAGUUGGGACCUUGCCAAACUCGCAACAUUUUAUGCAUCUAACAACUCUCAUGAGUUCUUCAAUAUCAUUUUAAACUUGUAUUGAGAUGCAUGGUGCCUUAUUAGGUUUUUAGAUUAUCUGUGCUCAUUAUAUUCAAGCGUGGAUUGAUAAAAUAGUUAUAUAAUAUGUUAACUCUAGGUAGUGUUAUGAGUUGCAUGAAACUGCUACUUUACCUCGGGUCUUGAUUUAAGAGCUGUGUUUUGUCCAUGCUACGAAAUGCAUGUAUGUAAUCCUGAGAAGUUUGAUGAUGGAGCAUGGACUAGUAUCGAUUUUCUGUUAGCUAUCUAGUUUUUGGACCGGGAUUUUCCUUUUGGGUUGUGGUUAGGUUUUUUAGAGACAGGGUUUUAGUCAGGGCAUUUGGUUAACUUUGAUCCACAAAUACUUGACAGUGUUGCUCAAAAGGCUAAAGCAUUGCAUUCAUGUUUAUAAAGGUCCGCCCUGUACUAAAUUUAUUUGGCAACUUUUAUUUUUUAUUGGACUUGAAAUGGCCACUUUUUUAGCAGCUUGUAGGUAUAGGGAUUGCUCCUGCCACCAGAUACAUCACAGCGGCAGGGUGACCUGGGGCCCAAGAGUUUUGUGCUCUACAUUUGAGUUAGGAUCAGUUCUGGAACUCUGAAUUGGGCCAGUUGAACACGAAGUUGGCCAGAAAAAAAGGGCAUGGUGUCCAUGUCCAGUUAGUGUAUUGAAUAUGUUGGUACUGUGUCCUCUGAAAAGGGGUAAAUAUUUUCUGGAAUA